CUUGAGAGAGUGAGGUCGGUUGACGUUGCUGUGCUACAGGUUGAUUGAUGCUGGGAGGCAGUGUGCAAGACGACCGCUGAGUGGCCAAAAGUACCUCCGCGUUUGUAGCUCUUUCUGAUAAUGAGGCCUCAGCAAUCAUUACGUCUUCACUGUCUCUACUCGUCACAUUGCGACUGGCGGGCUCGACAGUUGAAGAUGCGUCUUUAAAUGCACCAGAUUAGACCAUGCGACCUAGCGAGUGUCCUGUAGUGGAGCGACGCGUCGACAUCCCCAUCAAGUGCAAGGAGCUGGAGCUGGAACUCCUCAAGAGCUGCGUGGAGCACACGGCCGUCGUGGUCAUCAACAGGCUCCAGCAGGACCCAAAUGAUGGACCACAUUUGGAGCAGCAAGAAACGUGGGUGGAGGCACUGCCUGUGUCACCACACGCGACACCACCCAAGUCUCAACCCCCGAACAAGGAAGUGCAGCUGUAUUCACCAAAGCAGUUACGACCACAUUCAACGAAACCGUCGGAAUCACACUUACCAAACCAUUCACACGCGCAGUCGGCGAGGCAUCCGUACGUGCAGACUCCGAGGCAAUCGUUCCCACUGUCUCCGAGACUGGCACAGCCGCAGUCUCCGAGAGAGAUGCACCCGCCGUCUCCGAGGCAGGUGCACCCGCAGUCUCCGAGACAGUCGUGUACACAGUCUCUGAGGCAGCCAGUUCUGCAGCCUCUGGAGGAGUCGCACCCGCAGUCUCUGAGCCAGUCGUACCCCCAGUCUCCCAGCCAGUCAUACCCCCAGUCUCCGAGCCAGUCGCACCCCCAGUCUCCGAAGCAGGCACUGCCGCAACCUCCGAGCCACUCGCAGCCGCAGUCUCCGAGGCACACACACGCGGAAUCUCCGAACCAGUCGCACAUGCAGUCUCCGAGGCACUCGUACGUGCAGUUUCCGAACCAGUCGCGCCCACACUCACCGAGCCAGUCGCACCCGGCGUCUCCCAGACACUCGCAAGCGCAGACUCUGAGCCAGUCACACUCACCGAGCCAGUCGCACACGGCAUCUCCCAGACACUCGCAAGCGCAGACUCUGAGCCAGUCACACAGGCAGUCGCACCCCACAUCUCCGAGCCAGUCGCAGUCACAGUCUCCGAGGCAGUCACACCCGCGCACGCUGUGGUACUCUCAGUCACAGAGGGCUGCGCACCAGCAUUCGCCGAAGGAACCGCACCGACCGCUGCUGAGGCAGCCCCAGUUCACGCCCCAGAAGCAGUCCCAGGAGCCGAAGGAAACGCGGUCUCCUAAGGAGCUGUGGCCAGACCGGCCGAAGCAGCCGCAGUUCCAGUUGCAAAAGCAGCUAGUAGUGCACGUGGAAAAACUACCGGGGGAGUCGCCGAAAUGCGAGCAGCAAGAGCGACAGCAUUCACCGUCCCCGAAGCAGCAGCAAAAUUCUUUGCAAAAGGAACUGUAUGUCCAGCUAGAGAAGCUGGCGGGUGAGCCGCAGGAGGAGGUCAAACAUCAGACGUCGCUAUCCCCGAAGCAAGCACAGUUUCCACUGCAUAAGCAGCUGCACGUCCAGCUCGAGAAGCUCACCGAAGAUGCUGACCAGCAGGAGCCAGUGCAGCAUCAGUCGUCACCUGCGAAGCAACAGGACGGUCUUCUGCUUAACCAGCUGCACAUAAAGCUCGAAAAGCUGCCCGAGGAUUCUUGGAAAUUGGAACAGCAGCACCAGCAGCAACAGUCGUCGUCACCGAACCAUCCGGGGCUUCUGAAACCUAAGGAGCCCCACAUACAACUGGAAACGCUGCCACUGGGCACAGAGAAUUGCGAGGUAAAGCAACAGGAACCGCCGCUCUCGAAUCGGCUCCCGUCUCUGUCACACUGUCGACUGCAAGAUCAGCUCGCAACGCAGGUGGAAGAGAAGCAGCUGCAACUGCUUCCACCCGGUUCUCGCUAUACCAUCCCAGCUCCCGAACCGGUGGCGACGCGACAGCGAGUGUACCUACAGCAGCUCGUGGAUACACAGCAGAAGUGGGGCUCUCCUGUCUUCCAGCCACGCGUGGUGCUGGAGAGGCUGAGUCCGAAGCGGCUGGCCAGCACACUCCAAGCCCGCGUCGUGCUUCGCCCCCUCAGCAGCGAGGUCCUCAAGAAGUACGGCAUCCAGCAGACACUGCAUCGGAAGCUGGAGCAAAAGCCGGCCAUCGACAUCGACGACGAGGACUGGUUCGACCUGGAGCGACAGGAGUGGACGCUGUGCAGCAUCCUGCAGGCGCGCGAAAAAUCGGUGUUCGCCAUUUGGAGGGCGGUGAACAUGCCCAGGAAGCCCAGGAAGAAGCACGUGGGCGUCAACGGGUUCGUCAGGAAACCCGCCCGAAUCAAUAAAAUCACUUUCAUGUCAAAACUGGGACUGAAGAGGCGUCAUCUAUAAAUGCUCUACUUGCGGAUGAAUUUGAAGAAGAAUGAGGACAAGAGGAGCAACAUUGCUGGCUGAUAUAGUAUUCCAAAAACACCAAACCCUGACCGAAGAACACAUGCGUGAUGUGCUUCAUUCAAACUGUAUUGCUCGUUGUGACUUAAAUAGUGGAACUAAAAUAAAAAUACUGUGCUGUUGCGUCUCGAAGUGCCAGAGCGAUAGAUGGGCAUGUGCCAUGAUAUAGGCAGUGGCUGAAUGUGUUCGUGGAAAGUAGUGUUUUUAGUUUCAUUAUUACACAUUCCACGCCACAUGUUUGUAACCAGAGUGCUAUAGUGAUUGGUUCUCCAGUGUUGACUGAAAGGUUUUGUCGUUCCUUACACGGACAUGUACACACACACACACACACACACACACACACACACACACACACACACACACACACACACACACACCGCAUAUAGGAAAGUCUAAGUGUUUUACCAUUUAUAAGUAUACAAUAAGAAGAGAAGUUUCUGGAGGUGCCUUAUUUUGUCACACUUGGUGACACUUUUUAAUUUUUUUGAAACAUUAAAUGUAUCUCUAUGUGUGUCUUUGUGUAGCUGACUGUAAAAGACGAAGGGUAUCACACUUUUGUUAUUUAUUGAUAUGUUUCCCUUUAUAUGUAUGUUGUAUGUUUGUGUUUACCUCUAUAUAUAUGCAUGCAUGACACAAGUCUAGUACUUAAGCAGAUUUUAGCAAGAGUUUAAUGUAAGUGAAAAGGUUUCUAGCCAAAACAGUUUAUAGUCUUACAGAGAAUUGGGUUCAGUUUAUUUACUAUUUGAUGUGCUUGCACAGUUCCAGUGUUUUCAGGAAGAUUACAGUUUCAGUUGUGUCUGAAAAUAACUACAUACAGAAACUAUAGUUAGUAGGAGUGAUGACAUAUACUGUGAAAAGAACACUGUAUCAUAUUCAGUGUAAUGGGCAAUUUAAGAAUGUAACAACAAAGUAGUAAGUCGGGUUGCCCACUUACAUUUCAAUGAGUAUCUGAAGCUUUCUGUGUAGUUGGCUGCCUGCUUGAAAUAUAUUUGUGCUCCAAGUGAGAAAUUGGGAUCCAUAACUGUUGUACCCAUCAAUUUUGACUAUGUUAUCAUCAGUGGCUUAUUAUUUCAUGCAUCAGAUUGAAUAAGGUGUGUGUAUUCCCAUACCAUAUAGUUUCUUGUAUCUGACAUACCAUAGUUUUAAACAGCAUAAGCCAGGCUAUGAUUGAAUUUGAUUCCAAAAUUGCUUUCUUUAAAAAUGUGUUGACAAUUUGACAGAACUAGUCAAUGCACAACAUAUUCCUACAUGUUAUAUAUAAUUGUAUUUCAAGGUUCAAGGCUGACUGCAUCAUAGAGUGGCCUUAAUAAGUAUUUCUUAUGUUGCCAGGAUAACAAUUCACAUAAGGUGGUCUUCACUCCUACACUUAGAUUUGUACCAUCCAAUGUCAAAUUUAUGCCAAAGUGUAUUAUACCCCUAUUAGCUGUUUUGUUUGAGACAAGUUAUUCAUUUCAAUUUGUCUGUGGGCUUGUGUGGAGCUAAGUAUAGUACUUACAAAAGGGGUGAGAUCAGAAGAUACAUAAUAACGACACUGUCAAUGCCACAUGAAGCAGCUUCAGUAAGGAUGCAUUCUAAGAUCGUGAGACAUGCUCUCUAAUACUGAGGCGACAAUCAUGUAAUCAUCAAACAAAUAAAACUAAUAACCAAAGGAAUCUUUUUAUAUGUUUCUUCAUUUUUAUUUUUGGAAUACAGUGCCUGAACCAAAAAGAAAAGAAACAUUGAUGACCUCAUUUUGCUUCAUAUGUAAGUCACCUAAUCAAUAAAAAUAGUGUGUGAAGUUUUUCUACUUUGUCACAUUAAAUCUGCUGUACAGUGUUUCUUCACUCACAACUGAUGUGUGUUCAGAAAAUGCCUUUCAAGAUCUCAAAACAUGAAUCACUCACCUUAAUUAGCAUUACAAUAGCAUAAAUCUUCAGAGUGUCAUCCUUCACUUCACAAAUUGAGGAGAAAGUCUACUUUUGGGUUGAGUAUCAGUAUCAGUGAUCUUUUAAAUAUGGAAGGUAAUGAAAUUUAUGGCAUUUGGGUGCUGGAGUAGUUGUCUCUAUUUUUUCAUUAAAGUAUCAGGCAUGUAAGAAUGAGCAGCUGGAUAUUUCGAAAAGAUACGGAAAAUAAUGAAGUGGAGAAAUGAAUAAAUAUUAUAAAUAUAUGUUUAACUGUCUGAGUAAGUUAGCCUGUUGCAUGCUUUGAAUUAAGUGCUAACAACUGUGAAUGAACUGACCUGCCUCUUGCCUGUUGAAAUUGUGCAUUUUGUGCUCUGGAAGAUAUAAUUUGUUUGAAUUGGAUUUCUAGAACAGGUGUUGGUAGUUUUCAUAUUAAAUCUUUUAUUGACUAGGUACAUAAUCAACUUCAGAAUUUAUGAAAUUUCCUAUACAGAAACACCCAAAGAGACCUAGCAUAUCUCAUUUCACGAAGAAUAAUUGUACAAUAUUAAAAUAUCAGAUGGAAAUGUGCAAUCACCCAUAGUAAAAAGAGUGCCAUGCACAAUUUUUGAUGAGCAUUGUGUUCGGCGCCUGUUACUGUUAACAGGAAGAUGAUGUGCAGUGCAACCCAGAGUGCAGUAGUAAUGAAAUAGAAUAUUUAGUAGUUGUGUUAAAUAAGUGGAACUGUUGACACAUCAGGUGUGAUAUUGCUCAUCUACUGGAAUUAUUUUCCAAGCAACGGAUUCAGUCCAGCAGGACUUGCAAAUUUGAAUGUCUACUACAUACCUCUGUGUUUGCUGGAAGACAAAUUAAUUGGUGCAGAUAUUUGUCUAAAAUCUGUAGAAGUUCAAAUUUAAGGCAAGACGUUAAUACUGGACUCUGUUCCUCUUCAGCAGAAAUUUAUACCUUUGUUACAUUCAUUUGAAGUCAUAGACUCAGUGUUGGUUUUUAAUGUGUGUAUUACACGCAUAUGUUGAAAGCCAAGUUUUUUGUUAACAAGAAUGUAUUGUUUUUUAACUCAUUAAUGUAUUAUUAUUAUUAUUAUUAUUAUUAUUAUUAUUAUUAUUAUUAUAGUGACUGUGCUGCUGUUUAUGUUGCAGUAACAUUGAGAGUACUUCUUUGGACAAGUAGUUGAUUUCUUUGUGAAGUUACGUUUUUGUUAUUAGUAAACGAGAAUAUCUCAAUAUUACUGAAGAGGAAUAUAGAUUGAUUGCGGAUGUGAAUCCUAGUUAUUUUAUGGGAGACAAUCUUGUUGUGAAUAUAAAUAUUUCUUUCAGUGUACUUCAUUAAUGUGUUAAAAUAAUGUGGUGUUAUCAGUUAGUAAUGCCUAUAUCUGCAGCAUUUGUGUAUGUGAAUUUAUGCAGCAUAAAUAUUCUUCAUCCUUGACCAUCAUGCUAUGCAUGUGGUUCCUGCUUUUGGCAUAAUGGGGUAUACCUGCUAACUCAGGUUGUAAAGCUCACAUUUGCUGUUUGGUUCAUAUCUUCAGUGCCAUAUUGGCGUCAAAAAGACUGGCAGGCAAUUGUUUGACACUGUGUUAAAGAAAAUUAUGUAUUAGUUGGAACUACACUACGAUUGUACCCAAGUGUGAAUUCAAAGACCUUGAAAGAACUUGGCAGUAAGGCUUUUAAUAAUUAAAAAUCUGUGAAACACUUUCCACAAAGGUAGAAUGUUUUGAGAUAAUGUGGCAUUACUGUCUGAUAAUCACUUUUUUAUAUGAAAUGACCUGUAACUCUUAUGUAAUGUGAUGCUGAGCAGUACUUUACUCUCUGCAAGAAUGGUGAUUUUUUUUUCCAAAUGCAGUAAAGUCUAUUAUGUGCUCGACAUUUGCAUUAAAUGAGUACCUUACAACUUGAUGCUAACAAGACAAUGUAAUUGCUGUUUAUAGCUGCACUCCAAAGCAGAAUGGAAAUACCUGUGUUUUGUUUUCCUUUCAUGAAAAAUACAAGCCAAGAAUUUGGUAAUGCAAUAAAACUUUUUCACCAUUUUUUGUAA